CACUUUUCAUCAAUCUAUCAAACUCAUCAAAGUCAUCUUCACCCCAUUUUCUCUCUCCUCAAAAACUACCUCCCAAACAAAUUAAUUACAAUGGCAACCAGUCUUCUACCUACCCACUCCUUCGCCGUCCGUGCUUCUUCCGUUUCUGACAACACCCGCCGUAAAAUUUCCUCCACCACCACCGCCGCAUCCGCCGGUGGAAAAUGGUGGUCGCCUCUCUUCGGCUGGUCCGCCGACGCCGACUACAUUGACUCUUCAGCUUCUAAGGAAGAAGCAAAUCCGGUGAAAUCGGAGAAUAUUCCGGUGAAAUCAAAGUUUACUCGCGGUUGUUUUACCGAAGAGAAGGCGAAACAGUUGAGGAUGAUGACUAAAGAUACGGCGGCGUUUCAUGAUGCCAUGUAUCACUCCGCCAUUGCUUCUCGUCUCGCCUCCGAUUUCUCCGACAGUAACUCAUCAGAAUGACCUAAUUUCACUUUUCGUCCACAUUUCUCUCUGCUCAAAUUAGAUUUUAUUUUAUUUUAUUUAUUUGGUAAUGUUCCUGUUUAUUUGGAGUUUGGCGGUGGAUUCUGCAUCAUGCAUGAAAACUUUGUUUUUGGUAAUUUUUAUGAUGAUGUAAUAUUGUAAUGAAUGUGGACAAAAUAUUAGGUGUGCCCUUAAUUGAUCUGUAAUUAUUCUAAUUGGUCUUUUGUUUUGCUUAAACAAUGCAUAUUAUUCUGUUC